GCAUACUAGCCCACUGUUCGCACAAUUUAAUUCGGUAAUUGCCCAUUGCUUUGUUUAUUCAAUUAAAUGUACUCGCCCUAUUUAUGUGCUAUUUACGCAAACAUUGAAGUGCGUUCAACCGCCACAUUAGCCAAUUCCAUUUGAAUGCCAGACGAAAUUGGCCAUUAAAUUGCUCCAUUUGCAGGUGCUAUAAAACAAUCGCCUCCAGAAUCUCUGCCAAUUAGUUCGAAGGGAAUUCACACACGGUUCGGAUCGUUUCGUUUUCGGUUGGUCAGCGAUGCAGUGCCUCCUUUGGCUGUUGUCCCUGUGGAUAUUGUGCCUACUUUGGCCGGGAUGCCUUGGCCAACUGGUUCGGAUUCCCAUGCAAUACCAGGCCUCUUUCAUGGCCAGUCGUCGUCAACAUCGCGCCGGUAGAUCGUCUCUUUUGGCCAAGUACAAUGUGGUUGGAGGACAGGAUAUCACAUCAAGAAAUAGUGGAGCCACAGAAACGCUGGAUAACCGAUUGAAUCUGGAGUACGCAGGACCCAUUAGCAUUGGCUCCCCGGGUCAGCCAUUCAAUAUGCUGUUUGAUACUGGCUCCGCGAAUCUCUGGGUGCCAAGUGCCGAGUGUUCGGCCAAAAAUCGUGCCUGCCAGCGCCAUCAUCGCUACAACUCGAGUGCCUCGAGCAGUUAUGUCCCGGAUGGUCGGAGAUUCGCCAUUGCCUACGGAACUGGGAGCUUGUCGGGUCGACUGGCCCAGGAUACGGUUUCUAUUGGCCAGUUGGUGGUGCGGAAUCAAACCUUUGGCAUGGCCAUGCACGAACCCGGCUCCACUUUUGUAGACACCAACUUCGCCGGGAUUGUGGGACUGGGUUUCCGAGCGAUAGCCGAACAUAGAAUCGCUCCUUUGUUCGAGAGCAUGUGCGAUCAGCAUUUGGUGGAUGAGUGUGUAUUUUCUUUUUAUCUGAAACGUAAUGGCAGUGAGAGAAUGGGUGGUGAGCUACUUUUCGGUGGCGUGGAUAAGACCAAGUUCGUGGGAUCACUUACCUACGUACCUCUUACUCAUGCGGGUUACUGGCAAUUCCGAUUGGAUGGCUUGGAAGUGGGAGGCACAAUUAUCAGCCAGAAUCGCCAGGCGAUCGCAGAUACAGGUACUUCUCUUUUGGCAGCUCCUCCCAGGGAAUACCUGAUAAUUAACAGCCUGCUUGGCGGUUUGCCCACAUCGAACAAUGAGUACCUGCUCAACUGUUCGGAGAUCGACAAACUGCCCGAAAUUGUGUUCAUCAUUGGAGGGCAGCGAUUCGGAUUGCAGCCCACAGAUUAUGUAAUGAGUGUGGCCAAUGACGAUGGCACCACUAUAUGUCUUUCCGCUUUUACCUUGAUGGAUGCCGAGUUUUGGAUCCUGGGAGACGUCUUUAUAGGCCGGUAUUACACCGCUUUUGAUGCUGGCCAUCGGCAGAUUGGAUUUGCACCAGCGGCCUAAACAGCACGUUUCAUUUCCAAUUAGCAAUAAACAUCUGUUCUAUUUAGUUGCAAAGCGUGAACGGAGAGAAAUCACGAGAGUUAUUAACGGAGCGAGAACGGAUUGAAACCGGAUUGUAAAACAAAGCAAGCUGAUUGAGUGACGUUCAGAUUCUACGUUUCCAUACAUUGAACAUUAUAUCAUAUUUAGGUCACCAAGUCUAUUCCCUGGAAACACCACAUAGAAUACAAAUACGCAACGAGUGAGGUUCAUUUUAUUGGAAGAAUUUAGGUACAUGAUUAAAGGUUAUAAAUUCUGCGGGUACAUUGAAUGCUUUCCUGGCGUACUCUAUCGAUGCUUUUCGUUACUUACUCAAUCCAGUGAUUUAUUGGUAUAACC